AUGUCGUGGGGAUUGGGCUGGAAGCGCCCCACCGAAGUCUUCCAUCUGACGCUGAGCUACGGCCCGGACGUCGACACCCUCGAUGAGGCGUCUCCGACGUCAUCGCGAUCUUCCUCCGCUGCGUCCCCGUUCUCGGCCGCAUCCCCGACGUCCCAGGACGCCGUCGCCGCCGCCGGCAGCAGCAGCAGCAUCAGCAAUCAAGAGCAGCUAGGGUUUAGGAUCGACCUCGAUUGGAACGCCGGAGAGGACGAGGAUCAGAUCGCGUUGAAGCUGCAGUCGCAGGUGAUGGUUGCUCUACCCACGCCGCAGGACACCGUGGAGAUUGAACUGACGGAUAGGGCAAAGAUCAGCGAGGGCAGUUCGGUAAAUUCAGAAGGCGGAGGAGAAGGUAGUUCUAGUUCGGAGAAUGCUGAAGGAGCCGCGGAGGCUGUGGUGGGGGUGGGGAUGAGGGUUGUGAAGAGGAGGGAGCCGUUGAAAGGGGUUUUGAUGUGGAGGGCGGGGGGCUCCGGACAGCAGAAUGAUGGUGGGAUGGGGGUUUUGGUGAAGCUGAUGAAGUUGAAUUUCACCAAUGGAGUUGCUGAUGGUGGGGCAGUGGAUUCUGGCUGUGCCGAUCAUUGGCGAAACGUGACUGUUGUCAGCCUUUGUGGUCUUGGAUUGACAGCAUUGCCCAUUGAGAUAACUCAUCUUCCACUUCUUGAAAAACUAUACCUUGAUAACAAUAAGCUAUCAGUUUUGCCCCCUGAGCUUGGCGAACUGAAAAACUUAAAAGUUCUUGCAGUAGAUUACAACAUGCUCGUUUCUGUGCCUGCAGUUGAGUUAAGACAGUGUUCGGGUCUUGUUGAGUUGUCUCUGGAACACAACAAGUUAGUCCGUCCGAUUUUGGAUUUCAGGGCUAUGGCAGGAUUACACGUAUUAAGACUGUUUGGCAAUCCUCUUGAAUUUCUUCCUGAUAUAUUGCCAUUACAUCAACUUCGCCAUCUGUCCCUUGCAAACAUUCGUAUUGUGUCAGAUGAAAAUCUAAUAUCUGUUAAUGUGCAGAUUGAGAUGGAGAAUAGUUCUUAUUUUGUAGCAUCUCGUCAUAAACUGAGUGCCUUCUUCUCUCUCAUAUUCCGAUUUUCUUCGUGCCAUCACCCUUUGCUGGCAUCGGCACUUGCGAAGAUAAUGCAAGAUGAGGGAAACCGUGUUGUUGUGGGUAAAGAUGAAAAUGCAGUGCGGCAGCUCAUUAGUAUGAUAAGCAGUGAGAAUCAGCACGUGGUUGAACAAGCUUGCUCUGCACUCUCGGCCCUAGCUUCUGAUGUUUCAGUGGCUAUGCAAUUGAUAAAAUCUGACAUUAUGCAACCAAUUGAAAGAGUGUUGAAAUCCACAGGAGCAAAAGAAGUGAUUUCUGUGUUGCAAGUCGUAGUCAAGUUGGCUUUUACAUCUGAUAUUGUUGCCCAAAAGAUGUUGACCAAAGAUAUAUUAAGGUCAUUGAAAUUGUUGUGCGCCCACCGGGAUCCAGAGGUACAAAGAUCAGCUUUAUGCGCUGUUGGGAAUUUUGCUUUCUGCUUGGAAAACCGUCGAGCACUUGUAACAUCUGAAAGUCUGCGGGAACUCCUUCUGCGGCUGACAACUGCAUCUGAGCCUCGUGUAUGUAAAGCUGCAGCUCGGGCUCUGGCAAUAUUGGGGGAAAAUGAGCUUCUUCGCCGUGCCACUAAAGGGAGACAGGUCCCGAAGCGAGGAUUGCGCAUACUUACUAUGGAUGGUGGUGGCAUGAAAGGAUUGGCAACUGUAAAGAUUUUAAAAGAAAUUGAGAAGGGUACUGGGAAGCAUAUCCAUGAACUCUUCGACCUUAUUUGUGGAACAUCUACUGGUGGUAUGCUUGCUGUUGCUCUUGGAAUAAAGUUGAUGUCCUUGGAGAAGUGUGAAGAAGUAUACAAAGAACUUGGUAAACUUGUGUUUGCUGAACCUGUUCCUAAGGAAAAUGAAGCAGCAACAUGGAGAGAAAAGCUGGAUCAACUUUACAAGAGUUCAUCACAGAGUUUCCGUGUUGUUGUUCAUGGAUCAAAGCACAGUGCAGAUCAGUUUGAGAGGCUGCUGAAGGAGAUGUGUGCUGAUGACGAUGGGGAUCUCCUAAUAGAAUCAGCAGUCAAAAAGAUCCCCAAGGUUUUUGUUGUGUCUACCUUGGUUAGCGUUGUACCAGCACAGCCAUUUAUAUUUCGAAAUUACCAGUACCCUGCAGGAACACCAGAGAUUUCUUCUGCAGUUUCUGAGAACUUGACAACUGGCGGGCAAGGUGCUGCAACUACUGGAGCUCAGGUUGGAUAUAAACGCAACGCCUUUAUAGGAAGUUGCAAGCAUCAGAUAUGGCAGGCUAUAAGAGCAUCAUCUGCUGCACCGUACUACUUAGAUGAUUUCUCUGAUGGUAUAUAUCGCUGGCAAGAUGGUGCUAUUGUAGCCAACAAUCCAACAAUUUUUGCUAUACGAGAAGCACAACUGUUAUGGCCUGAUUCUAAAAUAGAUUGCUUGGUUUCAAUUGGUUGUGGGUCUGUUCCAACAAAGGUCCGAAGGGGUGGUUGGCGUUACUUGGACACUGGGCAAGUGUUGAUUGAAAGUGCAUGCUCUGUCGACCGUGUGGAGGAAGCUUUAAGUACAUUGCUUCCGAUGCUUCCAGACGUACACUAUUAUCGAUUUAAUCCAGUUGAUGAACGUUGUGAUAUGGAGCUGGAUGAAACUGACCCAGCAAUCUGGUCAAAGUUGGAGGCCGCUACAGAUGAGUACAUUACGAAUAAUUCUGUCACUUUCAAGAAUCUUGCUGACAUAUUGCUCGAGAGUUCACAUGAUGAGAAAUCAUCUGAUGGUUUGAAGUCUCAGCAGAUUCUGAGAGGAAGGGGGUCAAAUGAGAGUAAUGCCACUUUGGGAUGGAGACGUGGUGUACUUCUUGUCGAGGCUUCAAAUAGUCCAGAUUCCGGAAGAGUCUUUCACCACGCACGUGCUCUCGAGACAUAUUGUGCUAGUAACGGGAUAAAGUUAUCACUAGCUAACGGGACACCUGGGGCCAUUAAAGCAGCUCCAGGAUCAUCAUUGCCGACACCAUUCACUUCACCUUUGUUUACCGGAAGCUUCUCGUCGAGUCCCCUAAUUUACAGUCCCGACAUUGGGCCUCAACGGGUCGGUAAAAUUGAUUUAGUGCCUCCUUUAAAUUUGGACGGGUUCCAUUCUGCAAAAUCAACUACUUCACCCCCCGAAUCACCUUCCAAACGCCGGCAGCUUUCUGUUCCAGUCCUCUCUUUGCAUGAGAAAAUACAAAAUUCACCGCAGGUUGGAGUAUGUCAUUUGGCACUGCAAAAUGAUACAAGAGGCUCUAUUUUGAGUUGGCAUAAUGACGUGUUUGUGGUAGCGGAACCUGGAGAAUUAGCUGAAAAGUUUCUGCAGAAUGUCAAAUACAGCCUGCUAUCAAUGAUGAAGGGCAGGAGGAGGAAGUAUGCGUCGGUAAUUACCAACAUCUCAACGGUUGCUGAUCUCGUGUCGUGUAGGCCGUACUUCCAGAUUGGUGGUGUUGUCCACAGAUACAUUGGACGCCAAACGCAGGUCAUGGAAGAUGAUCAAGAAAUUGCUGCGUACAUGUUCCGCAGAACUGUUCCUUCCAUGCACUUGACCCCAGAAGAUGUCCGUUGUAUGGUCGGGUCCUGGAGAGAUAGGAUCAUAAUCUUCACGGGUAUAUAUGGGCCAACCCGGCCCAUGAUAAAAGCCUUCCUAGACUCAGGCGCCAAAGCUGUCGUGUGCCCUUCAACCGAACCCGAGGAGCUGCAGCUCACAUCCUUCUAUGGGCCAGGCGAGUUCAGCAGCUACGAAAACGGGCGGUUUGAGAUCGGUGAGGAAGAAGGAGAUGAAGAAGAGGACGAGAGUAGGCCCCCAAGCCCAGCCAGCGACUGGGAGGACAGUGAGCCAGAGAAAAAUGGGGAGGACUCAAUGAUGUUCUUCUGGGAAGAUGAUGAGAAAGAACUGUCUCAGUUCGUGAGCAAAUUGUACGAUGCCUUGUUUGUGGGUGGUGAGAGAGUGAAUGUUGCUUUGAAAAACGCGCUUGCUUCUCACAGGAGUUUAAGGCGUGCCCUCGGCCGUGAGGCUUCGGGCGCAACUUGCGUUUAA